AUGGAUCCACUAACCUCAGCCUUGUCGAAUCUGCGGGAGCCACGGCGGCGGCGUGGAAUUGGUGAAUUGCCUUCCUCGCUGGUCGCGGCAGCUCAUGGCCUUUCCGCAGAACAUCAACUUUUCCCCCACACACAAAACGGCGGCGCUGACUUUGAUUCUCCUACCUUUUUGUUGAGCCACGGCAGCGAAAGAACCUACAUCAAAUACGAAGACGAUACUCGUAUCAAUCUUCUCAACUGGCCCUCUCACCCUGGCCGCGCGAAGCUUGACUGGGACUCGAGCCGCGACCCAGAUCCCGGCUUCGAACCCAUUCCUUUCUGCCCACCGCUGCUGAGCCCGAUCCGGUUUUUGCCUUCUUCACGAGAGCACGAGCAUCACGAACUUGACGAGCUUUGCGAAACGAAGGAAACCCCCCCGCAACACACAUUCUCAUCCAUUCGCUUUGCAACAAUGUCGAAUUCCAACUCGACCGACCCAGCGGGUGUCGAGAGGACCAGGCCCCUCUUCGAGGUGGUCAAGAAUGACAAGAAAAGGGUUGCUUACUUCUACGACUCCGACAUUGGCAACUAUGCCUACGUUACAGGCCACCCCAUGAAACCGCACCGGAUACGUUUGGCGCACUCUUUGGUGAUGAACUACAACGUCUACAAGUUUCUCGAGAUUUACCGUGCGAAACCAGCUGUCACGAGCGAGAUGACACAAUUCCACACAGACGAGUAUAUCGAGUUUCUGCAAAAAGUUACUCCCGACAACAUGGACUCCUUUAUGAGAGAACAAGGCAAAUACAAUGUCGGGGACGAUUGCCCAGUAUUCGAUGGACUCUUUGAGUUUUGCGGCAUCAGCGCUGGCGGUUCCAUGGAAGGCGCGGCAAGGUUGAACAGAGAAAAGUGCGACAUCGCAAUCAACUGGGCGGGUGGCCUGCAUCACGCGAAAAAAAGCGAGGCUAGCGGCUUCUGCUAUGUCAAUGAUAUCGUGCUUGCGAUCCUCGAGCUGCUCCGGUUCAAAAAGCGUGUUCUGUACAUCGACAUCGACGUUCACCAUGGUGACGGUGUCGAGGAGGCCUUCUACACCACUGACCGUGUCAUGACGGUUUCAUUCCACAAGUACGGAGAAUACUUUCCUGGUACUGGCGAGCUUAGGGACAUUGGCAUUGGCACCGGCAAGCAUUACGCCGUUAAUUUCCCUCUUCGCGACGGCAUCGACGACGUCGCGUAUGAAACCAUCUUUGAGCCCGUGAUCACGAACGUGAUGCAAUAUUACCAACCUGAGGCUGUGGUCCUUCAGUGCGGCGGAGACUCUCUCUCUGGUGAUCGUCUCGGCUGCUUCAACCUCAGUAUGCGCGGACAUGCGAACUGCGUCAACUUUGUUCGCGGCUUCAACUUGCCAACUCUGGUUCUCGGAGGCGGUGGGUACACCAUGCGCAACGUCGCCCGCACAUGGGCUUACGAGACGGGCCGCUUGGUCGGCGUUGAGAUGGAUCGAGUACUGCCAUUUAAUGAAUAUUACGAGUACUACGGUCCGGAUUACGAGCUGGAUGUGCGAAAUUCCAAUAUGGAAAACGCAAACAGCUACGAAUACCUGGAGAAGAUCAAGAUUCAGGUCAUCGAGAAUCUAAAACGCACAGCCCCUGUCCCUUCCGUCCAGAUGCAGGAUGUACCGCGCCAGUCAAUGGGUGUCUCUGAUGACCAAGACGACGAGAUGGAUGACCUGGACGAAGAUGAGAACAAGGACGUCCGCAUGACCCAGCGGCAGUGGGAGAAGCGUGUUGAGCGCCAAGAUGAGUACGAAGACUCGGACGAUGAGGAUAUGGCAGCUGCCAACGGAGUCUUCAAGCUCAAUGGGAGGACCCGACAAGAGACCAACUUCCGCGAUACCAAGGAAGACGACACCAUGGAGGUCGACAGUGGAGUCGCCACACCCGCUGAGCAGCCAGUUGAGAUUACCGAAAACGAUGAUACUAUGAUCGACGAGGCCCUCGCCGAAAUCGCAGCGGAAGCGGAAGCGGAAGCACAAGUCAAGGAGCCUGCUGCUACUGAGACAGCACCUGAGGCUCCAACAGCAGCGGUUGACGGCGACGGUGACGUGGAUAUGGGAGAGGUUACAGAAAGCAAGGCGGCCGAAACAGUGAUCAAGACCGAAGAUGUCGAAGAGCCUGUGCCUGCCAAGCAGGACGACAGCCAGUCUACGGCUGUGGUAUCGCCAAAGAAGACCACGGAGGUGGCAGCUCAGCCAUCACGCACAUCCAAGUCGCCAGAGCCAGCUGUUGCCGCCGACAAACAAACCGAGAGCGUGCCAGAGGCCAGCGAGGUGGUGCCACCGACAACCACUCAGGACAAUACGACCAAUAGUUAG